GGAGUUGCAAUGGGCUCUCCAUUGGGUCCUCUUUUGGCUGAUUGUUUCAUGGCCAAUCUAGAAAAUUCAGCACUUCGUCAAAUAAUCGAGAAAUUUCAUUUAUAUAAGAGAUAUAUGGAUGAUACCUUCAUUAUUUGUGAUGAUAACAUGGACCACAAUGAAAUAUUAAAUAUUUUCAAUAACUGUCACCCUUCAAUUCAAUUUACCUUAGAGGCAGAAUCGAACCACGAAUUCCAUUUUCUUGAUGUCCAUUUGAAAAGAUUGCCUGAUGGUUAUUUACGAAGAUCUAUGUAUAGAAAACCCACUUGGAAUGGACAACACACGAAUUUCCAUAGUUGGGUUCCAUUGAGUCGAAAGAGGAACUUAAUUCACUCUUUAUCAUCUAGGAUUAAGCGAAUCUGUUCUAGUGACACAAUAAAUGAAGAAUUACUUCAUCUUCGACAGACCCUCAUCAAAAAUGGUUAUCCACCGAGGUUCGUUGAUAGCAACUUAACAUCUAGACGUCAGCAACAAAUAACUUUGACGGUGCAGAAGAAAACCUUGUUUAUGAAUAUGGAAUUCAAGGGAGACACGGCUGCUGAAAUCCUGAAUAAACGGAUUUCAAAAACGUUGAAUAAAACUUUCUACACAGCCAAGCUCCGAAUCGUUUUCUCUAGCCGGCCUACCAUUCGGGGGUGUGUUAAGGAUAAGCUUUCGCUUUGGGCCACAUCGAUGUGUAUUUAUAAAUUUACUUGCUCAUGUGGAGCACGUUAUAUAGGCCGCACAAAGCGAUCGCUUUCCAAACGUAUCUCUGAACACUAUCCAGCUUGGCUCCUAAAAGGGGAAUGUAAGAAGAUAACCAGUUCGAUACAAGAGCACUUGAUCAAUUGCGGACACAUUGCUCCAAAAGAGACGUCUUUUAAAAUAAUCUAUAGAGUUAAAGGAACCGGAUCAAAGGGAGGUCGAAUUAAUAUUUUAUGCACUGCUGAGGCAUUGGCAAUCCAUGAAUUGAAGCCUGAACUUUGCGUGCAGAAACGAUUUGUCCAACCACUUACCCUUCCUUGGCCCUAAUUCCCUCAUUGGGUACGUUUUUUUGGUUUUUUGUACUUUUAUCUGAUUAUUAUCGGGUUUUUUUUUGUUUUUUAAAUUACUACUUUACAUUUAAUCUCUAAUCCGUUAUUAUUAUUAUUACUUUAUACAAGUUUUCUUGAUUAUUACUCAGAUUAUUAUUAUUAUUAUGACCUUUGUGUUUGUCGCUCUUCUUCAUAUCUGUUAAUUGAACUAUUAUCUGACCCAUAAAUUAUUUUCUCCCUUACCCCUUGAUUAGUACGUCACCUCAUUUGUUAUUUAUUGUCGAAUCAAUUUUGUAAUGCAAUCUUUUUUAGCCUCCUAUAGACAUAUAUUUUCCAUAUUACUAUAUAUACGAAUGUACAGCUUAAGUAAAUGAUUUCGUCGAAAAGAAAAUUUUCUUCGCUGAAUUCUCUUUUUCUUAUUCAAUGACAUUUUGAGUUAUUUUAGUUAUCUAAAGAGCUGCAAGGAUCAUGCGACAGUAAAGGAACUCAGUGGGUUUCUUAGUUAUUCUGUCAAGCUUGCAAUAGCGAAUACUAGAAUCAAUUUUCUGAGAAGUUGUAUAGACAAACGUGAAUAUCCAAGACCAUUUUUCAAAUCAUUACGCCGUAACCAUAUUCAUCCAAAUCAUCGGUCUUUGAAACGUCUUACUUUGAAUUAUGUCGAUGAAAUUAAAUCUAGAAUCCCAGAAUUGGAACGGAAUAUCUCAUUACGUUCACAUACGUUAUUUGAUUUAUCAGAAGAUCAACGCUUCAAAUUUAAAGAUUACAUUGAUAUUGUUAGCAAAAAUCGUACCGAAGAUGUGACUUUGAAAUCAAUGAAAAGUUUAAAACAGACGGAGAUUCAAGCUUCCUUUCCCGAAUCGCCAGAGAAAUAUGUUUUCAAUUAUUCAAGCAUAACAUUAUCGACUAUUCAGCUACAAGCAUUAUCCCUUGGUCCAAAAUUUUGUAGUACGUCUACUAACAUUGAUGAAUUGAACGCUAAAAUCCAGUUUGAAAGUCUUAUUCGUCAAACAAAUGACCUUAUUCCUGUAUCUAAUAAAGAUUUUGAGCAUUUCAAAACAACUCUUGUAGACUGCUGUAAUCAAUAUGUAAAUAAAAUCCCUACAGUUAGUCGCUUACUCACAAAAACACAUAAAUCUCAAUUAUCUGAUCUUUGGAAAAAUCAUGACUUAGUUUUAUGUCGUCCAGACAAGGGUGCAGGAAUUGUACUUAUGGAUCGCCCUGACUAUAUUUCCAAAAUGUCUUCCAUACUAUCUGAUCCGGUCAAAUUCUCUAAAGAAACCGUCCAAAAUGACAUAACUGAGAAAACCGAACAGAUGCUAAUUAAAAUUCUAAAGAAGAUGAAAGAUGAGUUCAUUAUCAAUUGUGACCUCUUUGAACAUCUCAAACCAUCGGGUUCUGUCGUACCUAGACUAUAUGGACUCCCAAAAGUUCAUAAGAAUAAUGUCCCUUUACGUCCAAUACUUGAUAUGAACAACUCUCCAUAUCACUCUAUUGCUAAAUGGUUAGUUGACAUUUUACAACCUGUUAAAAAUCAUAUCAACAAAUAUAAUGCUCUUGAUUCCUUUGAAUUUGUCGACUCAAUCAGAAAUAUCAACGUAAUGGGUAAGAAAAUGCUCUCAUUAGAUGUCAUGUCGUUGUUUACAAAUGUUCCUCUCACAGAAACCAUUUGUUUUUUAUGUGACUAUAUUGAAAAUAAUAAUCUGGAGAUAUGUAUCCCAAAACACUAUCUUAAAGAACUACUCCUACGAUGCACGCUCAAUGUACAAUUUAAAUUUAAUGAUGGUUUCUAUAGACAAACAGAUGGAGUUGCAAUGGGCUCUCCAUUGGGUCCUCUUUUGGCUGAUUGUUUCAUGGCCAAUCUAGAAAAUUCAGCACUUCGUCAAAUAAUCGAGAAAUUUCAUUUAUAUAAGAGAUAUAUGGAUGAUACCUUCAUUAUUUGUGAUGAUAACAUGGACCACAAUGAAAUAUUAAAUAUUUUCAAUAACUGUCACCCUUCAAUUCAAUUUACCUUAGAGGCAGAAUCGAACCACGAAUUCCAUUUUCUUGAUGUCCAUUUGAAAAGAUUGCCUGAUGGUUAUUUACAAAGAUCUAUGUAUAGAAAACCCACUUGGAAUGGACAAUACACGAAUUUCCAUAGUUGGGUUCCAUUGAGUCGAAAGAGGAACUUAAUUCACUCUUUAUCAUCUAGGAUUAAGCGAAUCUGUUCUAGUGACACAAUAAAUGAAGAAUUACUUCAUCUUCGACAGACCCUCAUCAAAAAUGGUUAUCCACCGAGGUUCGUUGAUAGCAACUUAACAUCUAGACGUCAGCAACAAAUAACUUUGACGGUGCAGAAGAAAACCUUGUUUAUGAAUAUGGAAUUCAAGGGAGACACGGCUGCUGAAAUCCUGAAUAAACGGAUUUCAAAAACGUUGAAUAAAACUUUCUACACAGCCAAGCUCCGAAUCGUUUUCUCUAGCCGGCCUACCAUUCGGGGGUGUGUUAAGGAUAAGCUUUCGCUUUGGGCCACAUCGAUGUGUAUUUAUAAAUUUACUUGCUCAUGUGGAGCACGUUAUAUAGGCCGCACAAAGCGAUCGCUUUCCAAACGUAUCUCUGAACACUAUCCAGCUUGGCUCCUAAAAGGGGAAUGUAAGAAGAUAACCAGUUCGAUACAAGAGCACUUGAUCAAUUGCGGACACAUUGCUCCAAAAGAGACGUCUUUUAAAAUAAUCUAUAGAGUUAAAGGAACCGGAUCAAAGGGAGGUCGAAUUAAUAUUUUAUGCACUGCUGAGGCAUUGGCAAUCCAUGAAUUGAAGCCUGAACUUUGCGUGCAGAAACGAUUUGUCCAACCACUUACCCUUCCUUGGCCCUAAUUCCCUCAUUGGGUACGUUUUUUGGUUUUUUGUACUUUUAUCUGAUUAUUAUCGGUUUUUUUUUGUUUUUUAAAUUACUACUUUACAUUUAAUCUCUAAUCCGUUAUUAUUAUUAUUACUUUAUACAAGUUUUCUUGAUUAUUACUCAGAUUAUUAUUAUUAUUAUGACCUUUGUGUUUGUCGCUCUUCUUCAUAUCUGUUAAUUGAACUAUUAUCUGACCCAUAAAUUAUUUUCUCCCUUACCCCUUGAUUAGUACGUCACCUCAUUUGUUAUUUAUUGUCGAAUCAAUUUUGUAAUGCAAUCUUUUUUAGCCUCCUAUAGACAUAUAUUUUCCAUAUUACUAUAUAUACGAAUGUACAGCUUAAGUAAAUGAUUUCGUCGAAAAGAAAAUUUUCUUCGCUGAAUUCUCUUUUUCUUAUUCAAUGACAUUAUGAGUUAUUUUAG